CUGUUCAUAAUUCACUCACUUUCACGAGUUCUGAGCCCGCAGCAAAAACUCAUGCAGCAUUAUGACGAGUGAUAUGCUAAUGACUACGUGCAAUAAUUACGUGCUAGAAAGAAUAUAUACAUAUUAACAAAAGUGCACAAUUUGGAGCAAGUUCUACGUUUGUUAAGGACGUUGGAGGAAAAAAGACAAAUUCAUCAAUAUGGCCGUAUUGAUGGAGUCAGCUCUUCUGUUUUUGAUCAAAUGUCUUGUGCACAGUCAUGGGCAAGAAGCAGGUUUAUCCAUGGUAUUAGAGGAUGAUCAAAUCCUGCACCCAUAUUCAUACACUGUCACCAUUGGAAACUGGUCGUUAACCAGUAACCCAGGUCUUUACUCUAACCUGUUCAAUAAGAAUGAUAACUCGAAGUUUCAUAUCCCAAGAUCUGGAGUGUACUACGUCACGGCCAACCUGAUACUUGAAACAAAAAAUAGGCUGUCCUAUUACUAUUCCUGGUGGAGACGCUACCGUCGUAGUAUAACCCUUCAUGGGGAAAUUUAUCUACGCAGUAGCAAUGGCGAUUACAUUCGAUACAAGAAGAGAAUAUCGACAUAUGUAACAAUGAAACAAUACCAAGAAAAAAAUCUCCAUAUUUCUGGCUACAUUCAACUUGAACAAGGUUGGGAACUUUCUAUAAGACUUUAUGACGGAUAUCGAUGGAAAAAAACGGUUAAAGCUGGAAGUACAUUGUCUAUAUCUUACGCGAGUUCAUCGCAUUUAUUUCCGGGAGUUUUGUUAGCAAGUAAUUACGAAUAUAUUUAUCUUCGUUCACCUCAAUACUCUUCUUUUGUGAAUGAAUGGAGUGAAAUUGAUGAAGGAAGCUCGUUUAACUCCACCGAAGGUAACAUAAUGGUUUUUCACGAUGGUUUAUAUCACAUCCUCGUCAAUCUAAACGUUCGUCGUUAUAUCUCCGACGAAACACUGAAAUUCGGCGUCAUUUUGAACAACAAGACAACUGUAAUUGAAAAACAGGUGAAAGUCGAUGUGUCAGGAUAUGUAACCGUUAUACUUGAAGAAAUACUUUUACUUAACGAGAGAGAUGUUGUUUCCAUAACAGUGUCUAGUCCCAACAAACGAAACGAAAAUGUCCGUGUACAAUCAUCUUCGAAAUUUUUCAUCUUUUCCAAAGGUGAAUUUUUGACAUCCAUACCUGCGUUAUCCGUUCAAUAUAAAUCAAAUGACAAGACAGAAGCAGCCAAUACCUAUAUAACUUUGAAUAACUGGGAUACGUCAUUUAGUCAAAACGGGAUACGCCACUUCAAAAACGUUGAGUUAAAGAAAGGAAAUUUGUGGCGCCGAAGACUGGAAUUUAUCAACAUCUUCUUCAGUUAUACUUGAGUAAUUGCUCUACAAUGAGCGCUAGAUUAUCUAUAAGACACCAAAGUCAAACCCGUUUCCAUUCAAUCACUCCGAGCGAUAUAAGAUUCAAUAACGAAGUCAAGAUUGCACAUUACAGAAUUCCAUGUUGCUUCAUUUAAAAGCGAAUGACAUUUUGAAAAUUGAACUUAAGUCUAAAACAAGAUUUAAAAUACUACCAAAAA